AUGCAUAUAGUGCCUUGUUUUUCAUUUUCAGAGUUCUUGGGAAUGGAUGUUAGACCUUUCACUUUCAGUUCUGCGGAACUAAAGACGGUGACAAACAAUUUCGAUUAUGCUAAUAAGUUAGGAGAGGGUGGAUUUGGACGUGUCUAUAAGGGAUCACUUGAUGAUGGAAGAGUGAUAGCUGUGAAGCAACUGUCUAUGAAUUCUCAUCAAGGAAAGAGCGAGUUUGUGGCUGAAAUUGCUACAAUAUCUGCUGUCCAACACCAAAACUUGAUCAAAUUGCAUGGAUGUUGUAUUGAGGGAGGAAAACAACUUCUUGUUUACGAGUAUCUAGAAAACAAGAGUCUUGAUCAAGCACUUUUUGGGAACAAUAGCUUGAAGCUAGAUUGGUCAACACGUUUUGACAUUUGUUUAGGUAUAGCAAAAGGCCUAGCUUAUCUUCAAGAAGAGUCACGGCUAAGAAUCGUCCACAGAGAUGUGAAGGCAAGCAACAUUCUGCUAGACUCUAAUUUGAAUCCUAAAAUAUCAAAUUUUGGUUUGGCCAAGCUUUAUGAUGACAAUAAGACUCACAUUAGUACUCAUGUUGCUAGAACAAAUCCGCAGACCCUCACCCUCACUCUCGAUCUCUCCGUCAACGCACCCCUCACCCUCGAUCUCUCUGUCGCCGCACCCUCACCCUCCCUCUCGAUCUCUCCGUCGCCGCCUCUACCUCAGCCAGCCGAUUGUAGCCGCACCGCCACCGUCGCCGACCGAAUAGCACAGGCAGAAGGGACGAUUCGCACGGAGCGAAGAGCACAGGCCGAAGAGCUCACUGUGCAAGCUGAGCCAAUCAUGGACCCUUAUGGCCCUUCUAUAGUUGAUGAAAAUUUGGAAGCUAUAGUGGUCAGGUUAGUUUUGGAUUAACUUCUUUUUUGGGACAUUUCAUUGAAAUUUAUACAUGAUGAUAAGUAUUAUGAUCUGGCCAUUAAACUGGUUUUUCAAGUGGAUUAGUUGAAUUUUGUUUGAUUAAUGAGCCAGAAGAAGAAAAGUUUGACUGAUUUUGGUUA